AUGGCACCAUCCGGAGAAGACCGGACGAUGAGGUGGUGUCCUCUUAUGCUUGUCGCGGCUGGGCCUGAGGCGCCAGAGUCCGGACUAGCUCUGCUGGGCGGGGCCGCUUCGGAAGGCGAUGGUGAGGCCGGGUCCAGUUUCACAGAGGACGGGCGCUUACACGUGGCGACGUCCGGCCUGUGCCUCUGGGACAGCGAGUCCCCAACAGUAGCGAUAACGUCGGCAGCGUUGGUGGCGCCGUUUCUGAGGCGCUCCGCGGCGAAAGCGGCAGAGCUAUGCGCGGUGAUGGACCCAGAGUUGGUCGCCACCACAGAGUUGUUCGCUGUCUUCCCACCAGCCCACGAGCCCAGGGCUCUUGAGGCAACCCUUCUGGCCGCCGUGCCUCUUCCGGAGGCGGAGAAGGCUGCGGCCGCUAUGCAGGCCGCCCUGAGCUUCCCGACGACGCCUUCUGCCAGCUCUUCCUCGCGUCCUCCGUGGAAGCCUCCACCACUAGGAAGCCUUGGAAUGGUGCUUCUGCGUCUUGCCUCGCGGCCCGAGAAGGGACUCGCCCUCCUACCCAAGGAGGAAACUCGGCUUCGUCAGGGGGAUUCUGUUCGACUGCUCUCAUCGCCGUUUGCCUUGCUAAAGGCAUCCCUGUUCUUGGGCAUGGAGACGACUGGUUUCAUUGCAGCUGCAGAGGAGACCGGGGAAUUCGCGCUGCUGGACGCUCGACAACUGCCCGGCGCUUGCGGCGGUGUUCUGGUUCGGGAGACGGACCCGAAGCAUCCCGUGGCCCUCAUGGCCCCACCUUUGGGAACAGCCGGACGCCGAUGGCCUUUCAACCUGCUGAUCUCAUUGCAAAGGAUCAUCUCAGCUUUCGCCUGCACGCUGAGCGCAGCAUACUUGCCACAGAGGCUUCGCAUGCGUGAGGCAUUGCAUCCCUCAGUCGCGCCCGAGCCCUUUGGCCAGGCCCAAACCCUUCUUUGCCCGGUGGUGGUCUGCAUCGACGACCUGAAGGUCACGGCACCUGGUUUGCUCCUGUCGCCUUUGUUCAUCGUCGUGGGCUCGAAGAUGGCCCAUGCUUUGUUAGAGUCUGGUUCACACGGUGUACCACUGCCGGGGUACCUUCUCUCGACUGACUGCGAGUUGCUGCCCUGCCGGCCUCUGCACUGUGUGGGAUCCACGAUGCUGCUCGCCAUCCGAGGAGAGGCAACCCGUCGGGCAAUUGCCUCACGCCUGCCAGCCGAAAGCAGUCUCCUUGAGGUGCAGGAGGGCUCGGAAGUUCUUGCAGUGGACCUGGACGCAGACGAAGGACCCCGGAUCACACGCGGCUGCCUUCAGCGCUGGUUGGGCGCGAGGCACGGUGUCAAGACCGGCUUACCUGCAGUCUCAGCCGUUCAAUCCUGGUUGGUGGCCCCGGCGAUACGCUUCGGCCUCCCAAAGUCUGGAGGACGCGCCAACGCCAAUGUGCUGCUUUCUGCAAGGCCUUGCCGCCCCUUGGGCCUCGUGUUACAGGGCCUCGAGGAGCAGCUCGAUGACGAUCGGGUCCUUCCGCUUCAGUUUCGUGCUGUCUCUAUCAAUCAGCUGAAGGAGUUCGAAAUGCGCUUGAAAACUGGCGCAGCGCAGGCAUCAGUUGACUCGUGGCUCCUGCACUUUGACCGCUCCUGGCGCGAGCCGUUUGAGGCAGGUCCCCGCGCUUUCGAUUGGCAAGUGGAGGCUCGCCCCAGACCUGCGUUCAGUUCAGCGCUGUGA